AUGUCACAGAUCAACCCUUUGGAUACGGACGAAAGCUCCCAGGUGGGCGACGACAUGCAUGAACCGCUUCUCGACAUCAGACAGCGAUAUGCAGACCCCAGCAUUGUGAAGCAGUUGGUCCAUAUUCAAGCGGCUAACGUCCCGCAACAGAAGUCAUUGGGAUUUCUCAAGAAGCUCAAGUGCCUAUAUUUCAAAAAUCGGGAUCAUGUCGGAAGCUCGACACAACCGACCUUAGGUCUUGUUCCAAUCAACGCUUUUAAGGAGGCGAAUUACGUAGCCCUCUCGUAUACAUGGAAGCCGUCCCCGGAAGAGGUCGAUAUUUCUGACGGUGGGUACUUGGUUGAAGACAUUCAGUCUGGCCAUCCGAAACCGUCAUCCGUGAGAAAUAUAGUUUUUAGCCGGAUAAAGCGGUACAUGGAUUAUGUUAAAUCCGAUUAUCUGUGGAUCGAUCAACACUGCAUCCAUCAACAGGAAGGCGAAUCAAAGGAGAUAGGCAUGCAGGCAAUGGACCGAGUCUAUAGCCUUAGCGAGUACCCAGCCGCGCUACUAUCACGGAAUAUCAAUACCUCGAAGCAGCUCCAGCUACUGACAUACAUUCUCUCUGGAAGUUUUGUGACAAGGCGGGGAGAUAAAUACUUGCCAUCAUCAUCGGCACAUCGCAAGAGCGUUCUAGACGCAUUUCAACUUCUACACUAUAUCACCUCCGAUACUUGGUUCUCCAGAGGAUGGACUUACCAAGAGAACUAUCGUGCGAACAAUAAUAUGACACUACUCAUUACCCACUCCCUGACAAUCAACCUCAAAAAGCCAUCUCAUCACUUUAAAUCUCUGGACGGAGAACUCCUGAUCAGUUCCAAGGACUUUUACGAAGAAGCAACGAAACUUUGCCUAGCCUAUUCCAAUUACCAGCCGACACCACCGUAUCUAACCACUAUUCUCUCCAGAGCUAAGCGAUAUAAGAUUUCGCUCGCUAGCAGCGAUGGUUCAGCUCCAGUGUCAAUGUCCCCGACUAUUAUCGAAGAUAUAAGGAGUCGCCAACUGGAAAGGGAGUGGGAUAGACUAGCCAUUAUCGCCAACUGCUGCCAGUAUGCCAAACGCUUGAACAGCACGCAGCUUCAGGGCAAUAAGCACAGUCUUAGUCUAUCCUUGCUUACACUUGUUCUGAUGAAUGGAGAAAUCCUGCGUAAUCAUCCUCGGGACAAGGUCGACAUCAGCGCGGCGAGGAAAAUGACUAUCACCGAAUUCUUACACAAGCAUUUCUACUACGGGUUAGAUUGCCCUUGGGAAAAUGCAAAACUUACCUUUAAUAAGGGUUGUCGUUUUGCAAAGGUUGAUUUGACUGAAGAGGGUGUACGGACUAGGGGUUACCUAUGGCGGUUUGACGGCGAGAUCUCCACUGCUCAGUUUCGCAAUUACAGUCAGACUCGCAAAAGGAAGAGAAACCGCCAACCGGUAAAAAGUCCACUUGAGUGGCUAGCGGAGCAAUUGCCUGUUAGAUAUCGACUUCUGUCACAAAGGCUGUACGAGAUACUCGACCUUGAAGUGUCAUCGUCAGCUGCAGAAGAAUGGAUGCUGAAUAUGGCCGGCAAGGUAGAGGAGGCUAUAAUGAUGGGAAACCUACUUCACACUGCAAAGUUGCUCGGCUCUGGUCCUUUAGGCGUUGCCGUCUUUGUCGGCCAGGCGGAAGAUACUGAUACUGACUGUGACAGCGAUGGAAGUAGUGAAAUGGACUCUGAAAUGAGUACUGAUAGCGACGAUCAUGAUCAAGAUUCUUACGUGUUCACGUCCUUUGACAGUGCGCAAUUCGAUCGUGGCGGUUUCGACUUGAAUGAUCUCGACAAGCAUGUCUCGCUUGAAGUCGAUUGUGAUUCUGGAAUAAGGGGUCGACGCAUCCCUCGGUUGUAUACGAAGCGCUGGAUCCACGGGUUGUGUUUCUACCAAGGCCGUCCUCCGCGGCCCGUUAUUUUCCCUUGGCCAGCCUCAUUGAAAGAUCUAUAAUGCUACCCAAGAUCUUCAAUAGCGUCUUUGCUUUAUUUAGGGUAUUUACCACCAUCAGUCACCCACCGCAAUUUACUGGCUUAGAUGGCCGCCAAAAUCAAUAGCCUCAACUAGAUCUGCACUAAGAAGAUCGGCGCUAAACCAAGUCAACAAACGAAAGGGGUGUUUUUCGCAUAAAGGAUUGGAAAGAGAAAGGUUCUUUUUUUCCCUCUUCUGUCUUCACUCACCUUCUGUCACUCAUUUCAGGUUUAACCUCGUCAUUCGUU